AUGAAGUACGACCUAAAUGCCUCCCUCGAAACCCCCCCACCCGUCGAACCCCCCACCGAGCUCCCAACCAAACAACUCACGGUCGGGGAACCCACCCCGCGCCCCCCAAGCCGCAAACACUCCUCCUCGCAGGUCCCCACGCUCUCCACCCCCUUCGAGGACGCCGGCGUCCCCACCGAGGGCGAGAGCUCCCCCGAAUCCUCCGCAACCUCGUCCCGCGAGGUGACGCCGCCGCCGGCUGCGACGCUUGGGGGCGGCGGGGGGACGCCGCUUUGUACUAUUCAUGAGGAUAGAAAGUUAGCUGUUUCGGGGGGGGAUUGGUUGAUGGGGAAGCCGUGGGUGUCGGUGGAGGAGAAGUGGGAAGGGGGGGAGAGGAAGGAUGAUGUGAAGACCUCUACGGGGACUGAGCCGCCGCGUGAGCCAAAGGGGCCGCAGAGAGAGGAUGAUGGACAUGUGGUGAAUGGGAACAGACUUAUUGGGGACUGGUCGCUUCCCUCGGCGGGGGUGGGGGAGUAUAUCGACAGUAACGGGGCGAUAAGGGUACCUUAUGAGAUUGAGCAAGCGAUGAGGAAUACCCCCGCGCCGCCGCAUAUGAAGUGGACAGCAGACAAGGUUAUGAGUGAGAUGCGGAGGGAGGAGGAGGAGCGGAGGGAGGCGGAGGAGCAGAGGCUGCGGGAAACGGAGGGGGAGAGGGUGGCGGAGACUGAUGCUGAGAAAGAGGAGAGGUGGGGGAUGGAGAGGCGGAGGAGAGUCGCGAGGGGGUGGGUGCGUGGCAGUGGCGGUGGAAGGGGCGGCAGCGGGAAUGCGGGACCAGAACACGAGGACCCGGAAGAGGAGGAGCUGCCGGAGGAGGCGAAUGAAUAUACACCCUCUGGAGCGGUGUCGCCGGAGAUGAUCGCUGCUGUGAGGGCGAGGUUGCAGGUGAAGUGGGCGGAGGAGGCGGCAGCGGCGGCUGAGAGAGCUGCUGAGAGGGAAGCGGCUGCUGCUAGGUCGGAGGCGGCUGCGAGAGAAGCGGCGGCAGUUUUGGCUGCGGCGGAGCCGGCGCUAGAUCCUGCGCCGACGGAUGUGGCGAGAAAGAUUAAGGCGGCGGAGAUGGCGAGGAAGGCGGUGGAGAAUGAACCGCAUUCGCCGGGUUGGAAUGGAAGUACCUAUGUUGAUGGGCGCGAGCACCAUUACUGCGGCCCGGACUUCCCGUGUCAGAUGGAGCCGGCGUGCGAUCCCUCUAUCAAGGAGAUCUGGGAGAAGGGUCUCCCCAUCGAUCCUGAGGAGAUGCCAUCGCCGAAGCGUCUUUCGUUCACCGAGCCGGUGCGCGCGUUGUUCGGCUUCAGGAAGUCGGGUCAGCCGGAGAUGAAGUAUAGGAAGCCUGUUUCCAUUCAAUCUAUCCGCGUCGGCAAUUCAGCGGAAACGGCGGUUCUUGACGAGCCACGGUCAAACACUCCACCUGGAUCUGGCCGAAAACCGUCGCCCGCCGGUGGCGAUGCUGAGAGGGGCGAUUGCAGGACGAUGAGGGGGUUGAAGAAGGUUUGGGGGUUCUGGACGAGCUUUGGUGGCAAGAUGGGGCGUCGAGGGGUGGUGGUGACGAAGAGUGAGGAGAGCAUUUCGGUGGUUCAGGGAGAGGAUGAUACCGAUAUGAGGUACGAAGCUGCUGAGGCCAUUGCGGCUUCUGCGGCUGCGACGAACCUUGCGGCUUCGGCAUGCUAUCCAGUGGGGGAGAGCACUGUGGAAACGGCGCAGGUUGUCCAGAUGACGGAGAGUGGUACACCGAUUGUUGGUGUUGAACGAAAAUCGGAAAGUAAUACAGAGAAAUCGGCCACGAAGUAAUGGCAGAAGGAAAGAAGAU